UUCCAGCUCUAAUGUGUUCUUGUCAUGGCAACAAUCAGCGAAAGCAAGCGUUUGGUGAACAUGUCGGGGUCUCACGGUGGCCAUUAACGGCUGAAGAUAUUAUGUGGAUAAUUUUGACUCUAGCAGCUGGGAAGAGCUCAUAAAACAACUGAAUGGAAGACGAAAUGGAUGGUUCGGUGUACACACCAUCAGAUGGGUCACCAACAGAAGAUGUAUCUCACGACGCGCGCAAAGCUCGCUUGAAAGGCACUGCAAACCCGUUCCUUUUACCGACUUUCCUCGCAAGCGUCGAUGACGGUGAAAAGGAAGAAAAGAAAAGCGCGGAGGCGUCUUAUACAGCAAAAACUAGUCGGUUUGCUGGCCCCAUCACUCUGAAAAAGGUUGCUCAUGCGAUUAUGCAACAGCAAAAACUUUCUAAGCUACUUAAGAAUAUGCACCAACCGGAGGACCAGCCCCACGGUGAUGGAUUUGUUACGAAGCAUUCCACUAAUGAGAAGAAGGGGCUGAGCUUUAACGUCAAUGCGUUCAAAGCACACGUCCAGUCCUGCGGUACUUUACCUACCGAAGUGAAAAACGUUCUCAAGAAGUUAUCUUACAACCGCUCCGUGGAAGAAGUCGACAUGGUACUACAGAUCGUCAAACGAAUGAAAGGCUUUCAGCGCUAUCCCAUGUACGUCAAGAGAGAGCUCGCCAAGGUUCUGUAUUAUGAUGUGUACGAGCAAGAUCGUGUCAUUAUCAAGCAAGGUCAUAUAGGCGUCUCAUUUUACUUCAUCGUGUCGGGCUCUGUGGUCGUGCAGCGCGUAGAAGAGGACAGAACAACUGGUGAAAAACACAACCAGAUCAUCAGUGAAAUGACCGGGGGUGAUUCAUUCGGUGAAUUGGCUUUAAUGCACGACAUCCGGCGCACUGCUACCAUCAUUUGCAAGGAGAGAAGUGAGUUUCUCCGAGUAGACAAGGACGACUUCAACGAGGUAUUGAUAAUGAGUCACCAAAUCGAAUAUGAGAGAAAACUAGCGAUGCUUAAUGCCCAGCCAUUGUUAAAGGACUGGUCACAGAUUGACAUUAAACAAACCGUGACUCACACUAAGCUACGAGAAUACCCUGCAAAUACAAUUAUUCUCGGUGGUAUGAAAAGGCGGUCUGCGGGCUACAUCUACCUUAUAGGGCGUGGCAAGUGUAAGGUCGUGCGAGAAGUGGAGAUUUAUCGUCAGCCUCUGGCAUCUGGCAAAUUUCGCCACACCCUACCCCCUAUAGGGAGGCGACGCGACACUAUAAACCCCUCUCGUAUAGAGACAAAGCUUUUAACUGUGAGGAUCUUGAACCCUGGCGAGUAUUUUGGUGUCGGCGAAGACUUGACGAAAACCUACAUCAUAGCUACGGGAAGGGUGCACUGCAUUCUUGUCCAUCACAUGAUGUUCAAUAAGCGUGGAGAGAGGGGUCGAUUUCUAGGAAACAUGCGAGAGCAGUUGGAGCAAACUUUCCCCUCACCCGAGCAGGCGUUCACCAGUUAUCUCGAAGACACGACAUGGAAGCUGUACAAGAAGCACUGUAUUGACGAUGUGCUGAGAAGACUAAAGAAGAAGCCACGUGUCGCAACUUUUGACGAUGUUCCGUUGGUACUGAGAAGGGAAAAUAGUUAUUACAAUAAUAAAUAGAAAGAGAGUGGCGCUUUAUUAGAUUAGUGAGAGUAUUAAAAUUCGCAUUUCUGUCA